AUGUCCCUUGUCUCAGGCCCAGGCAGAGGCGGAUCUGCCUCUGGAACGCAGGAGCUCUACAUUCAAAAGCAUGUCGACUACAUAAAGAGCCUAGAUACUCGAAGAGAUGAACUCGAAUAUUGGCUGACGGAACACCUCCGGCUCAACGGUGUCUACUGGGGACUCACAGCUCUGCAUAUACUCGGACAUCCAGAUGCCCUACCCCGUGACAAGACAAUAGAAUUUGUUUUAUCCUGCCAGAAUGAAGAUGGUGGUUUCGGGGCGGCGCCUGGCCAUGAUGCCCACAUGUUAUAUACCGUUAGUGCGGUACAGAUACUUGUCACGCUUGAUGCGGUUGAUGAACUGAACAAAGAUGGGCGCGGGGGGAAGGAGAAGGUUGCUUCUUGGAUUGCGAACCUCCAAGACCGUUCAACGGGGACAUUUAAAGGGGACUCGUGGGGCGAAACAGAUACCCGGUUCCUAUAUGGGGCGUUUAACGCACUGUCUCUGCUUGGCCUGCUACACACUGUUGAUACUGAGAAAGCGGUAGUAUAUAUCCAGUCCUGUGCCAACUUUGAUGGGGGUUAUGGAGUUAGGCCGGGCGCUGAGUCGCAUGCCGGCCAGAUUUUUACUUGCGUUGGCGCUCUCGCUAUAGUAGGCAAGCUGGAUCUUGUUGACACCGACCGGCUGGGUGGCUGGCUCAGUGAGAGGCAACUGGAGAAUGGAGGCCUAAACGGGCGACCUGAAAAGAAAGAAGACGUGUGUUAUAGCUGGUGGGUGAUGAGUGCGUUAGCAAUGAUAGGACGACUACAUUGGAUCAACGGUGAUAAGCUAGCUGCGUUUAUAUUACAGUGCCAGGACCCGGAGCAUGGUGGCAUUGCUGACAGACCUGAGGAUAUGGUGGAUGUAUUCCAUACUGUGUUUGGGUUGACAGGGCUGAGUCUAUUGAAGUAUCCAGGCCUGAAAGAGGUAGAUCCAGUAUACUGUAUGCCCAAGGAGGCUACAAAUAGAGCGUUAGGUCGCUGCGUAUAG